GGGCAAAGCGCAAUGCAAGGACGCCAUAAGUACAUGUGGUGGGCAGCCAAAGCCUCUCCCCCCGCCUAGAAAAUCCACACCCGAUGUCCUCCGCAGCACCGCCACCGUCCCAUGACGACUCUCUCCACUCCCCCUCCUCCUCCUCCUCCUCCUCCUCCGCCGGCCACGGCGGCGGGAGGAGGAGGCGAGGCCCGCGCCAAAUCCAAACCCGACAGAAUUUGCAUCGACGGGAUGCUCCAGAAGUACUGCGGCGAGUUCGGGCCGUGGCAGCUGAGGCACUUCGUGCUCACGAGCCUCGCCUGGUCCCUCGAGGCCUUCCACACCAUGGUCAUGAUAUUCGCGGACCGCGAGCCGCCGCCGCCGGCGACGGGAGCGUGCGGGACGGGCCCGGGCUCGUGGGAGUGGGCGGAGGGUGGCGGCGGGAGCUCCACCGUGACCGAGUGGGGGCUGGUCUGCGGGGAGAAGUAUAAGGUAGGGCUGGUCCAGGCCUUGUUCUUCGGCGGGUGCAUGAUCGGAGCCGGGACAUUUGGCCAUCUCUCGGACUCGUUCUUGGGAAGAAAAGGCUCUCUAACGGUGGUCUGUAUCUUGAAUGCCAUCUUCGGUUCCUUGACGGCCCUCUCUCCGGAUUACUGGACCUAUUGCCUCCUCCGCUUCAUUACUGGAUUUAGCACGGGUGGGGUCGGCCUAUGUGCUUUUGUACUAGCCACCGAGCCUAUUGGCCCAAAGAAGCGCGGAGCAGCAGGAAUGUCCACUUUCUACUUCUUCUCAUGUGGCAUAGCUCUUCUCUCUGGCAUCGCUUAUGUGUUUCGCUCAUGGCGGGAGCUCUACAUCGCUUCCUCCAUUCCCUCCAUGCUCUUCCUUCUGGGGGUCCUCCCUUUCAUCUCAGAGUCCCCACGGUGGUAUCUCGUCCGGGGAAAGAUUGACGAGGCCAUGAAGCUUAUGCGAGCUAUCGCCAAAGCCAACAAGAAACACCUCCCCGACGGGGUCAUACUCGCACUUGAUGAGGAAGUGAAUGAAAACUCGAACGAUGGUCCAUCCUGCAAAGAUCAGAUGGACACAAAGGAUGCGAUAACAGGGUCUCUCAUCGAUGUGGUGAAGUCGCCUGUCACUCGGAUUCGCCUUUUCUUGGCGGUGGCAAUCAACUUUCUUUGUUCGGUCGUGUACUACGGCAUUAGCCUAAACGUUGUCAAUCUCCAGACCAACCUUUACCUUAGUGUGUUCCUCAACGGCGUGGCUGAAAUGCCAGCCUUUACAAUAACGGCCCUAUUGCUUGAUAAGUUCGGGAGGAAGCCGCUGGCAAUCGGAACACAGUGGUUCAGUGGAAUAUUCUGUCUUAUGGGGAGCUUGGUGAUGAUACACGGGGAAUGGAAAGUGGCGAGGAUGGUGUGCGGAAUUCUCGGGAUUUUCGGGAUGGCCGGCACGUAUAAUUUGCUCUUCAUCUACAUGGCUGAGCUGUUUCCGACCGUGGUGAGGAAUGCGGCUCUUGGCUGUGGAGCUCAGGCGGCGCAAAUGGGUGCGAUUUUGGCGCCUUUAGUGGUGGUCUUAGGAGGCGGCUUCCCCUUUGCGGUCUUUGCGGUUUGUGCAAUUCUGGGAGGGAUACUAGCAUUUUACCUCCCAGAGACACUGAAUCGGCCUUUGUAUGAUACAAUGGCUGGAAUGGAAGGUGGGGAGAGUGUGUGAAGGAACUCAAUCCUCUUACUUCAAACUAAACUUGAUUAAUGUAGACUUAAAUGACUCUUCUUGAUGAUAGGAUUUUCCUUUUUUUCCUUUGGGACAUGAGAGUGCAGGAUGGCAGAAUCUGUCUCUUAUAAAAGGGGAGAACGUUUGUAAGAGUGUAUCUUUCAAAUCACUCAUGUUGCUUUAAAGCAGUUGCCAUCACGUGAUGAGAACACAUUAUACUGACCUUCGACUCUUAGUGUUGUCAGAUUAAUGCAUUAAACUCCAC